AAGCGAGGGUCGACACAUCCGCCCAGUUUUCCGAUGUUUCAUUCCCCCCGAGUUGAAAAUGGAGUUCGAAUAAAGCAGAUGUCCACCAACUUCUGAGGGAAAUUACAAGUCCGUAUGCUUUUACUCAACGCCCCCGUGCACAAAUUGAAAAUAUUUGGACCCUUUUUCGUCUUUGGAUGCCUUUACUGCAGAUUACUCGGACACGUUGACGGAGCAACGCUCCACAGCGCUUUUUCAAGUGUUGUCCAGGACCUGAAGUUGGCGAAUGGAUGCUCGACAGCCAGCCACAAAUAACAUGCCAAACGCUACAAUCUACAGCCUUUUCUACGUUUUUUGAGGAUCUAUUUGCAUUUUUGCAAACGGGGGAUUUGAUGAAGAGGAUGAUGCCGAUGGCCCAUUUGUUGUGGUCGGAUUUUACUUCCAGGGAGGAUAAAAUGAAUCAACGAUUGUCAUUCCUCCUCGCGAUUUAACGUUAGUUCCAGCCAGCAGAGCUAACGUUAAGCUAGCUCCACUUGGUUUUACCAGGGACGCUUAGUUAGGCAUGCCCCACUGUAUCAUAUUUUACUUUCUUAUACGAAAUAGUGCGGGUAAUUUCUAUAUGUGAAGAAAAAUGGUGAUAUUUGUGGUAUUUUAUCCCGCCGUCACUGCGUCGUCGAUGCUAUUGCUAGGAUUUGGAUCCCCGUGAGGAAAAAAUGAGUGAAGAUUCAACAAAUCCAAACAACGAUGACAGUUAUGCGCGUGUGAGAGCAGUGGUCAUGACUCGGGAUGACUCCAGCGGUGGGUGGCUUCCCCUGGGGGGCGGAGGCCUUAGCUGUGUCACCGUCUAUAAGGUCAGCCGGGCAGAGGAUAGCGGCAGCACCCACAGCGGAGGCAGCGGAGGAAGCAGCACCAACCUCAGUCCGUGUAGCUCCAGUCCUAGUCCCAGCCCUAGUCCUAGUCCCAGCCCCACCUCUGUGGAGUUUCACAUCAAGGGCGAGAGACUCAAAGACAAACUGGUGGUGCUUGAGUGUAUCCUGCAGAAAGACCUCGUAUACAACAAGGUCAACCCCAUCUUCCACCACUGGAGGAUCAACGACAAGAAGUUUGGACUGACUUUUCAGAGUCCGGCAGACGCCCGAGCAUUUGACCGGGGAAUUCGUCGGGCCGUUGAGGACAUCAACCAAGGUUGUCGGUCGUUUGGAGAUGGAGAUACACCUGAGGAUGGACUACCGGUAUGUGAUGAGCCUCCCUCCAUCUGUACGCCAAUGAAAGAGCCCUUCUCUCCUCUCAACAAUGUCGUCUCUACCGAGCCAUUCAGGGGCUGCUACGUCCGCGCGCAACCCUUCGACGAAUUCCCCUCGAGCAACCGCCGCUACCUGCCUCCACAGGUCUCCUUUAAAUCGUCUCGUCAUGUCAGUUUUCACAUGGACGAAGAGGAGAUCGUUCGCAUCAACCCACGCAAGGACGUGCUCAUCCGAGGCUAUGAGGACUACCGCCACCCUGUCAUGUGGAAACAGGAGGCCGACCGUGAGGACCUGGACUUUCCGUCCACCUUCCACAAACUAGACACUAAGAAGAGUGAGUACCUCUUCCCUGACGGCCCUGGUGGGGACUCCCACUCUGGCCCUGGUAUGGGCAUUGGAACAGGGAUGGGGCUGGGUCUGGGCAAGGACACAGCCAUCAAGACUCAGCCCUCACCUGUGCUAAAGUCCAAAAAGGGCAGGCGGCGACGAGAGGACGGCGAGCGUUCGCGUUGUAUCUACUGUCGGGAAAUGUUCAACCACGAAGACAACUGGCGGGGGCAGUGCCAAGACGCCCCUGACCCCAUCAAGCAGUGCAUCUACAAAGUCAGCUGCAUGCUGUGUGCCGAGAGCAUGCUGUACCACUGCAUGUCAGACUCCGAGGGCGACUUCUCGGACCCCUGCUCAUGUGACACAUCUGACGAGCAGUUCUGCCUGCGCUGGCUGGCCCUGGUGGCGCUUUCUUUCAUCGCGCCCUGCAUGUGCUGCUACCUGCCUCUGCGUGCCUGCCACCACUGUGGCGAGGCAUGCCGCUGCUGCGGAGGCAAGCACAAGGCCGCGGGGUGACCCGACGCCAGACUCUGGGACACCCUCAAAGCUAGCUAACACAGGAAGUGGAUACAAGCGGAAAAUUAAAAAAGCCGGCAUCCUUUUUUCAUUCCCUCUCAGACGGGGUGAUGUGUUGUUGAUCCCCAGCUCUGAGGGCUUUUGGAGAUUUCAGUUUGCGUUUGUCGCCGACAAGCUGCAGCGGAGGACAAACCAUAUGCUUUGUGGGGGCUCUGAGCAACAAGCUAAGUUCAGGAGCUUAAUCUUAGGAGAAGAGGAAGAGUCAAGAUUAAUAGACUUGGAGAUGUUACUAAACACACAUGUACACACAUACACACACCACUCUUUCACAUUCACACUCAUGCAUUGACAAAGCCAGGCCACAAAUGUCAGAACUCUACUACAAGUCACGUGUAACUUUAUGAAGGAAAAUUGUGUUUUGUACAGGGUGACAAAAAAAGAAAACAAAAUUAUUUUGCGUUCAGAAAAGUACUUGCUGUUUGAGUAUGCUAAAAGGGAUCUGUUCUUGCUUUUUUUGUGAUUAUGCGGUUGGGUAACAGUGGCCUUUCCUUCAUGGCUUAAGCAUUUGCUGACAAUGUAAUUACUAGACAGAGAAAAGUGCACUAGAAAUGGUAUUUCCCCCCCUGAAGUAAGGUAACCGUCUCAGAUUUUCGUGGUGCUUGAACCGCCACAUUAAGUGUAAUUUAAACAUGUGAGAGUUGUUGUCAAGGUGGAUGUAUGGCCAAUUCCUUGUUAUCCUUUCCGACGAAUGUUGAAAAGAAAAUCACAAAGCAACAGCUUGAUUUUGAAGGUACAGCUUGGUAUAGUUAUUGACAUUGAUUUAGAUUAUGUUCAAACUGCAUUCCAAAGUAAAGGGAUUAAUUCCAUGAUUACAAGGGAAAAAAGGUAACUCUAUCAAGCCCCAAAUCCCCACAUGUUUUUCCACAUCAUGAAAAUAGCAUUAGUACCUCUGGACCAUUUAAACUGAAACAAAUACAAGUACAUUUGCCCCGGUGAAUUUCAGUUUUAGCUCAGUUAUCUACUGCUGUAGUGAAUUUGGUGUUUUUGUUUCUUCAUUGUUAUUUUCCUGCUCAUUUUUUUUAUAAUUAUUUUCGGGAAAAAAAGACUGAAAUGUUGCUCAACCAGCAAGUUUUGUUUUGGUGAUAUGAUGAGGCACUUAAAUUAGGCUUUACUUUUAUUGAGAAUCCCUCAGAUUUUAAGUUAGUCUGUAAAUUUGACUUAAUUUAGCAUCCAGUUUGGCAUGGGGAAAAAAAAAACCCUCUUAAAAGCACUGCUCUCCAAGCUUUGGUUGCGGCACCCUCUCCAAAAUUUCUGUUUGUCCCAUGACUCAAUUAUUUUCUCUAUGUUUUAUUUUCCUUUCAUGUCUUGUGUAAGUUCUUUUUGUCUUUUUCUCAAAGGUUGAAGUCCACUCCUUCCUUGUGUCUUCAUGUAACAGGCCCUGAAUGAAUGAGUGAAAGGAAAGCUGAGCAUCUUAGCUUAUAUAAAAUACACAGAUGUAAGUGUAUGAACGUGUUUGUGCGUGUGUGUGUGUGUCUGUGUGUGUGCGCGUGCAUAUGUGUUAGUAUGCACUGUUUUAGAUGACUUUUGACGUUACCACUGACUUUGUGAUUAAGGCUUUGACUCCUAACAGUGUGAAUGUCCUGUUUCCCAAAGAGCCCUUUGGCUGCAAAGUGAACAAAAAAACGAUCGAACCGUCAAGGAGUAGUUCGAUAUUUUGGGCAUUUGCUUUUUUAUUAUACAAGAUAUGAUGUUCUUACAUCUUUACCCAUCAAACACAAAGUUGCAGGUGAGAGCUGCUCCUCCCAACCAAUGAGGAAACAGCUAACCUAGCUUUCUUCAAAUGCAACAAAAUCUACCUGCACCUUUAAAGCUCAUUUAUUAACAUGCUGUCUCUUUUCCUGUUUUAUUGACUCAAAACAAAGUACAAAAAAGGGAUAGUUUGUAGUUUACUGGAAGGUCAUGUGUGGGGAGUUGUGUCGUUCCUCUGUGGUGGCCCCAUGGAAGGAAGUCACAGCGCUCAGACCAGAAAUACUCCCACACAUGACACAACAUAAAACCCCAACCUGUCAUUUUUGCAUCUGCAUUUUUUAGAGAUCAAACAGAGAAGACAUAGCAUAUUAAAAGUGAGCUUUAGCAGAUUCUGUAGGUGGUCUCUGUUACCUUCGAACAGUGUCAGGUUAGCUGUUUCACCCUUGUUUCCUGUGCUAAUGCUAAGCUAAAUAUCUUAAGCUUUGUACUAGAUCUGAGAAGGAACUCUCGGCAUGAAAAACAUAUCCUCAAAGUGUCAAACUACUCCUUUAAAGUCCUUUGGGAAACAGGGACUAGGUAGUCUGUGCACCCGAGUCUAGCUGUGUUUGAGUCUCAUUUCCCAGGCGAAACCGUAGAAAAUGUUAAAUUGAAUAUGUCGCAAAACAAACUUGUCUGAACAAAAACAAACUCCCCUCAGUGAUAAUGGUUUGAUUCGGCUAAAUGACCCCUCACUAAGGUACUGGCAUGUUUUGAAACUAGUGCUAAUUCAGAUUGGUCUUAAUAUUUAACAGCAGAUUUGGUACCGUCUGCUAACAGAUAUACUAACAGACAUGUAACUCCCUUCUCCUGGCACUCCUGUUAAAAUAAUAAUAAUAAUAAUGAUAAUAAUAAUGUGACACAACUGGAUUACAGGAGGACACAUUUAUUUUCCUAACUCCACCCUGACCGAUGCUCCCUUUACUUUCUAUGCAACCUUCCAAUGUGGGAAACACACUGACCUCUCUGCAGACUGAGUCAGUGCUGGGACAGGACACUUUAGACGACAGACCCCUGGUACCAAACUCCAAAACACAUGUAAAUACUUAACACUAUAUUUAAGUUCUGAUAAUAAUCCCAGCUUUUUUUGUCUUUGAAAUUUUAAAGAUAGAGCUGUAUUUAUCGUUGCUGUCAGCAUAUACUGUAGCUUCAAUUGACAGCAUUAUGUACAUAGGUCACCUUUUAGUAUUAUUUCACAUUGAAAAGUAGAGGGCGUUUGUGAUGGAAAUGACUAUUGAGCUUCUAAUAGAGUUUCUCUCUAGUUUUGUAUGGUAGAAGGAAGGAUAGUGCUAACACGGUACAGUAGUGGCAGUCCACUUGUUUCAAAAGUUUGAUAUAUAAAUAAAUAUAUAUACAUACAUACGUACAUAUAAAGCUGCUAGAUACAAUCACUAAUUUUAUUGUGUUGACAGAAAAUCAGCUAUGAACGACUGUUAAACCCUAAUUCUCCAACAGCUUAUAACCAUGAUGUUGAGUUUUUAAUGUUUGACUGCUGUGUGAUGAAGAGUACGCAUGUGGGUGCGUGAGAUUUACAAUACACGUGCGUUUUUGUGUGUGUAUGUGUGUGUAUGUGUGUGUAUGUGUGGGGUUGGUGUGUAACCAAAUGUUUGGUUGCUUCUCAUGUUCUCCCAUUGUAAUUGGAUUUUUCCGCAUUAUUGCAAGCUGAACCAAGGUUUGAUGAACCUGAUUAAAACUUGCUGGCUGAGAAGCAAAAUGUAGGACGUGCAUUUAUACAAAGUGUAGAGAAUGCUGAAAUAACACUUCUCAUUCUGCAUUAACCAGCACAGUGCAACUUCCUGUCAUGUACUGUAUUAUAUAUGCAACAUGUGUCUGUCUGCUUUAAUAUAUAUAUUUUUUUGACCUGCAUUAUAUAAGACUUCAGUUUUAACCACUUUGCUGCUAGUCUUUUAUCCUCUUUCAAUCUUGGAAAACGUGUGCAUAUCUUUGGGAAUGCAUACAAGUGUACAUUCUUGACAUUGUGUAGAUUAAAAAAAGAAAAAAAAGCUAUAUAAACCUGUUUCUCUUCAGUGUAUUGUUUUAAAAAGGUUACUUUUCACAGCAAUUGAGUGGUUAUGUUUCAAUUCUCCGAUGCUUUGGUGCACUGAUGAUACUAUAUGUAAGCUUUUUUUCAUCUUACAGCGCUUGAUGUAACAUUUAUGUGAUUAGUUCUAAAUAGUGGAAGACAUUUGUGUUUUGAAACUUGCAGUAUAAAUGGUACUACUCUUAACUAUUCUGUAAACACUGCCUGUUUUUCUUUUUCUUUCUUUCACUCUCUAUUUGUGCAUAUUUCUUUCCUGUGCAUCUUCUUUUUUUUUUUCUUAGUGCCAUCGGCUUUCACAUCCUGACAACCUCAAAAAAGUGCCUCACGUCCAUCCUAGUUUCCAUUUUAUAAUUUAACGUUUCUUGUUCUGGUUUUAUUGGUUUCUACACGUCUAGGUAUUUCCUCUCAUGGUUUGAGAAUACCAAGUAUAUGAUGUAAAAUUUAUAGUCCCAAUAACUCAUGUCAUAGUUGUAUUUUCUUUAUACAGAUGUAGCUCGUUACUUUUCAUAAAUAUAUAAUGUAAAUAUGCAUACAUAUGUUUGUAACUGUUUUUAUGUUACAUCAUACACUUGUAAUUUGACAUAUCAAAUAACAUUAUCAUAAUAAAAUGGUGAGUUUUAAUCUUUUGCUGU